AUGCGCUUGCGGCAGGAGCUCGAGGACGAACGCGCCCGCUCUGCUGCCAUCAGGGAUGAGAUGGCUGCAGACACCGAACGCGCUCUCAAGCAGCAAGCCAGUCUACUGCGCGCCAACAGCGAGCGCGAACUCAACCUCGCCCUCAAGCAGCAAUCGGAACUCCUCACGUCGGAGCACGCCUCGGCCAUCUCGGCCGCCCUCGCUGCCCAGGCUGACCGUCUUGCCGCAGCCCACACCACCGAACUCAACCUCGCCCUCAAGCAGCAAUCGGAACUCCUCACGUCGGAGCACGCCUCGGCCGUCUCGGCCGCCCUCGCUGCCCAGGCUGACCGUCUUGCCGCAGCCCACACCACCGAACUCAACCUCGCCCUCAAGCAGCAAUCGGAACUCCUCACGUCGGAGCACGCCUCGGCCGUCUCGGCCGCCCUCGCUGCCCAGGCUGACCGUCUUGCCGCAGCCCACACCACCGAACUCAACCUCGCCCUCAAGCAGCAAUCGGAACUCCUCACGUCGGAGCACGCCUCGGCCAUCUCGGCCGCCCUCGCUGCCCAGGCUGACCGUCUUGCCGCAGCCCACACCACCGAACUCAACCUCGCCCUCAAGCAGCAAUCGGAACUCCUCACGUCGGAGCACGCUUCGGCCGUCUCGGCCGCCCUCGCCGCUCAGGCUGACCGCAUCCGCGCCGCCAACGCCCGCGACCUGGACCUCGCCCUCAAGCAACAGUCCGAGAUCAUCGCCUCUGAGCACGCGGCCACCCUCGCCGCUCAGGCUGACCGCAUCCGCGCCGCCAACACCCGCGACCUGGACCUCGCCCUCAAGCAACAGUCCGAGAUCAUCGCCUCUGAGCACGCGGCCACCCUCGCCGCUCAGGCUGACCGCAUCCGCGCCGCCAACGCCCGCGACCUGGACCCCGCUCUCACGCAGCAGCCCACCGCCCAGCCAUCCAGCCAAGACCUCGAUGCCGCCCUCGAGCAGCAGGCCGCCACCCUCGCCGCUCAACACGCCGCCGCCCUCAAGCAGCAGGCCGCCGUCCUCGCCGCUCAAUACGCUAACGCCCCGGAUUCCUCCGAGUACCACGCCAACAAGCUGUUUGUCACGCUUAACGAGCUUCGCGCUACAAAGGCUGAGCUCUCCCGCCUGCGCGCCGAGCUCUCCGCCGCCGACGAGGAGCUCGCCCAUGCAUCGUCAUCGCUCCUCGCUCCGUCGCACUCGGACUCGAUCUCGUCGUCGUCGUCGUCGGGCAACCUCGCCCGCGAACUCCUCGCUUCACUCAACUCGGGGCCGUCUCCACUGCAUCGCCUCUGGGACGCUGUCACCUCGCUUGCUCUCCCGCUCUCCGACACAUCUGCCCCGUUCUUCGCCGCAGUCGCCACCGCUGGGCCCGAGGCACUCGUCACCACCCUCCCGCCGCUCCUUGACGCCCUCGUCGCCUCACCCGCGCCAUCUGCCGCUGACCCACUGUGGGACGCGGUCUCGCGCUGCUCGCAUCCGCUCCCGCCCGAUGAGGCCGCCCUCCUUGCCGCUGUCAUCUCGGCUGGACCUCAAGCGCUCGCUACCACCCUCCCGCCGCUCCUUGAUGCCCUCGCCGGUGCUCUUGUUGCUCGCCUAGCCGAGCUCCGCGCCACAGAGACAGAGCUCCUCACUGUCUACGACGCCCUGGAGGCUGCCCGCGCCCAGCCGCCGCCUCCCAACAACAACACUGCCUCCCUCGACGAGCUUCGCGACGAGAACAUCGUCCUCCGCGAGCAGUGGUCUUCCGCGCAGGACACCAUCGACGACCUCACCGCCACCAUCGCUUCCCUCACCGCCUCGUCCUCCACCGCAAACAUCGAGCUCGCCGCCCAGGUCCGCCAGCUCAUGGCUGCUCUCGCCGACCUCCGCCGCAAGCCAUCGUCUCCGUCCCCGUCUCCGUCUCCAUCUCCGGCCUCACCGCCUCCGCCGCCUCGGUCGCCGCCCACCACCGCCCUUGAUGCCGCCACUGCCAUCGCCCGCAUGGUCCACGCCGCUCACCCCGACGUCGACGCCGUCCUCGACAUCAUUCUCGUCUUUGUCCGCAAGCUCGCCGCGUCGACGCUCUUCAAGACCGGCAUGCUUCCGGCCUCCACCAUUGCCGUCGUCGUUGAAGCCUGGGAGCAGCUCUACGAGAACGUCGCCAUCGCCAGCGCCCUACCCGACCGCGCCACCCUCACCCCGCUCGUCACCUCGUCGCUCCUUGUCGCCCGUAGCGUCGCCCUCGCAGACGCUGCAGGCGUCGCCGAUGACCUCGUCGCUGCCGUCGCAGACUCUAUGGCCCUGGUUGCUGCCCUCGAUCUUGUCGAUGCCUCUGUUGGCGGCGCCCGCGCCCGCCUCGGCCCCCGCCCCACCCUCGUCCGCGCCCUCCAGGGCGCCCGCAAGCGCGUCAAGUCACACCGCGACGCCGCCGUCCGCUCCUUUGACUCGGCCGGUGCAGACGACGUCUUUAUCGUUCGCUCGCUCGUCGAUGCCGUCGACUCCUGGAUCCGCGCCGCGAAGCCGACCCACGAGCCGGGUGCCGCAGCCGCAGCCACCGCCCGCCCCGCGGCUGCCGUGGUCGACGCCGUCCUCGCCGCCAUCUAG